GCAAAUGAAAACCUUGGAAUAGGGAGAAAAGGGUUUAAGAAAACAUAGACACUCACCAGCCUUCACCUCCUACUACUGAGCUAUGUUUACUCGCACCAAUCUCAGGGUGCUUCCUCUCAUUUCUCUCGCUUCUAAAUCUAAUGCAUUCUACUCCUCUCACAUUAUCGGAGAUAAACCCGUUCUGGUUCGGGAUUUUAUUCAUUCUGCACUUUACCAUCCAUUACAUGGCUACUUCUCCCAAAAAUCUCGCUCCGUUGGUGUUCUUCCCAAUACCAUUAGAUUCAAUCAACUUCAAGGCCGAAAAGCUUAUAUGAGAUAUUUGGAUAAUAUUUAUAAGCAGAGUGACAUAUCGUGGUUUACUCCAGUGGAGAUUUUUAAGCCUUGGUAUGCCCAUGCUAUCGCGGAAGCCAUCAUGCGCACCGCAAACUUCUCUGUUCCUCUAAAAAUUUAUGAAAUUGGUGGUGGAUCAGGAACAUGUGCCAAGGGUAUAAUGGAUUACAUAAUGUUGAAUGCUCCUCCAAAAGUUUAUAACAGUAUGACUUACACGUCAGUUGAGAUUAGCCCUUCACUUGCUGAGGUGCAAAAAGAAACUGUUGGCGAAGUGCGCAGCCAUAUCCCAAAGUUCAGAGUAGAAUGCCGUGAUGCUGCUGACAGGAGUGGAUGGGGGGAUGUGGAGCAACAACCAUGUUGGGUAAUAAUGCUAGAGGUACUUGACAAUCUUCCGCAUGAUGUUGUCUAUUCAGAGAGUCAAAUCUCCCCAUGGAUGGAAGUUUGGGUUGAGAGACAACAUGAUCGAGAAACUCUCGGCGAGUUAUACAAGCCAUUGCAAGACUCACUUGUUACACGUUGUGUUGAGAUCAUGGACUUGGAUAAAACCAAAACACCACAGAGCAGUGCAGUAACAGCACUUAAAAGUAUUUGGUCUAAAGUUCAUCCAAAACCACGUAGAUGUUGGCUGCCAACUGGUUGCUUGAAAUUACUCGAGGUUCUCCAUGAGGUGCUACCAAAGAUGUCUUUGAUUGCUUCUGAUUUCAGUUACUUGCCAGAUGUGAAGAUACCUGGUGAACGAGCUCCAUUGGUUUCAACUAAAAAAGAUGGGAGCAGCACAGAUUACCAAGAUUAUAUGGAGGCUAAGGGUGAUGCUGAUAUCUUCUUUCCUACAGACUUUUGGCUUUUGGAACGACUUGAUCAUUAUUGUUCUGGGUGGCUAAAACUUCAAGAUGACCAUUCAUCGAAAAAGGGAAAGAAAAGGAGAACUAUUACGCUGGAAACAUCGGCUUUCAUGGAAGAGUUUGGUUUGCCCACAAAAACGAGAACGAAGGAUGGAUACAAUCCACUCUUGGAUGAUUUCAAGAAUACCAAAUUUUAUCUCAGUGUCCCCACUCACAAUACUAAGUAGAUGAUCCAUAAAUUCAACCGAAGUACUUGCAUUCACAAGGAUCACAGGUUCUUUUUAUAUAUAUAAGAAUCACGGGCAUUUUAUUGAGAUUAUAUUUGAGUUACUGGAAUUUCAUUAUUUGACCAUAAAUUGGAUUUCCAGACAUGGUUUAUUUAUUUACUGUUUACCGUCAACUUUCCCAUGGACAUAUUCCCCACUGAAGCCCCAGAAAUUGUAUAAUUUUUUGAAAGAUAGAACAAUUUUAUAUAGGUGUAAGAAUAAACACAAGUGAAGAUUAUCUUGUAAAGGUCCUAUUUAUCAGUGAUGUACACCACAAGUUUUUGCUA